UAAUUAUAUACAAACAAAAUCUGGCUUAUCGGUGACAACCCUUACUCACAUGGUUAAAGGAUCAAAAUUAGUAAUUUACAAGUUCUUCAUAAUAACGGUAGCUUAUUCCCAGGAAAAAUGGCGAAGCAGAAGAUGAUAAUUGACUGUGACACUGGGGUGGACGAUGCCCAGGCAAUCAUGAUGGCGGUGUCCAGACCCGAUAUUGACGUCAUUGCAAUCACCUGUGUCAAUGGGAACGUGGAUAUUGAUAACGUCUGCAGAAAUACCCUGCGUGUUCUAAAGAUUUGUGAAGCUCUACAUAUACCAGUAUUCCGAGGAUGUACAAGACCUAUUAUACACCACGAUGAAGACGCUUCCUUUUAUCAUGGACAAGAUGGUAUGGGUGACCAUCCAAACCCACCGGAAGUUGAUAUGUCUUGUAUUCAAGCUGAACAUGCUGUAAAUGCAUUGAUCCGACUUACUAAAUUGUAUAAGGGUCAAAUUAAGUUUGUUACAUUAGCUCCUCUGACAAAUCUGGGGGUAGCACUGCGUAUGGAUCCUGAUUUUUCCAGUCGUUUGAAGAGCCUAGUGAUUAUGGGAGGAAACAUGCAAGGUAAAGGAAACAGAUCCUCUUCUAUUGCGUCGGAGUUCAACUUUGGCACAGAUCCAGAAGCAGCGUAUAUGGUUCUUCAUGAGAUGAAAUGUCCUAUCACUAUUGUUUCAUGGGAACUUUGCUUAAAAGAUGUGUAUCCAUGGGAAAAGGCCGAGGAAUGUUUCCACUUAAACACGAGAAAAUCGAAUUUCCUUCAAGCCAUCACCAAAAGCACAGUUAACCGACAGAAAACAAACCGAGAGCUCGGUUAUAUUUCCUGUGAUGUAUUUGCGACAGCAGUUGCUAUUGAUAGUUCUAUUGUGCUGGAAUCGGUGGACAUAUUUGCCACAGUGGAACUAAAUGGAAGCUUGACACGUGGCAUGUUAGUUGCUGAUUGGCGAGACAAACUGAAAAAGUCCCCUAAUGUUACAAUAGUAGAAAAAACAGAUGUGGAGAAAUCUUUAUCUCUGUGGAGAUUCAUGCUAAAGGACUAGUUUAUUAAAUAUUUCAAGAUUAGUUCAUUAAAUAUUUCAAGAUGAUA